GCGCGGAGAUGCCGCAGGGCCCGGGGGAGGCGGCGGCGCCGGGGCGCGGGACGCUGCGCUCCGCCAACAGCCGCGAGCUGGCGCAGGUGAUCUUCCGCAACUGGAGCCCGCGCCCGGUGCUGCCGGUGUGGCUGGACUUCGAGGGCAGGCCGCAGAGCUACCCCGUGCUGCAGCCCGGCACCGGCCGCCGCAUGCACAGCUUCGUGGGGCAUCUUUGGCUAUUCAGAGAUGCGGGGACAGAUGACAGACUUCUUGUCAACAAGAUGGAGCUGUUUGAGCCUACUCGCAAUGUGGAUGGGAACUACAUAUUGGCAGACAUCACACUACCUGUGUUCACCCUGAAAGAGAGAUGCCUUCAGGUUGUUCGCAGUCUGGUAAAACCAGUGGACUAUAGGAGAUUGGACAUUGUUCAGUCUUUAUAUGAAGAGUUGGAAGAUCAUCCCAAUGUUAGGAAGGAUAUCAUUCGGCUGUCUCUGGAAAGAAGUGAAAUGCUAAGGAAUGGAGCUCCUGAAUAAAAUUGAACAUCAUUCAUUCCAAACUCUUGAACAG